AUGUGUCUCACAGAGACAGUGAUGUACAAAAUCAUUCAGGAGAGAAAAGCUGCUGGUAUACCAUCUGAUGCCGUUCAUGUGAUGUCCAGAUCAGAAAAACAACUCACCACCCCUGACACCACGAGUUACUACAGCAACUGGUAUGGAGGCCUAAGCUACGGCUGUGGAAGAUUUGGUGGCCUGGACUGUGAAUAUGGCUGGGGAUGGGACAGCUUCCCCAGACUGGGCCAUGGCUGUGGCUGGAGGGGCCACACAUAUGGCUGCUGCCGCCCUCUGUGCUAUGGUGGAUAUGGGUUCUCUGGCUUCUACUGA